AUGGUGGACAUGCUGGAGGUGCCGACGCACGUGAACGCCAGCAUGUUAGCUCAGUUCAUCGACCAGCCCGUGUGCUUCUUAGGGAAGCUGGAAAAGAUCCAUCCCACUGGAAAAAUGUUUAUUCUUGCAGAUGGAGAAGGAAAAAAUGGAACCAUUGAGUUAAUGGAGCCUCUUGAUGAAGAAAUUUAUGGAAUUGUGGAAGUUGUUGGAAGAGUAACAGCCAAGGCAACUAUAAUGUGUGCAUCCUAUGUCCAAUUUAAAGAAGAUAACCAUCCUUUUGAUCUUGGACUCUACAAUGAAGCUAUAAAAAUUAUCCAUGAGUUCCCUCAGUUCUUUCCUUUGGGGAUCAUAAAGUAUGAUUGAGUUUGAUGAACUCUGUAGGACUGUGAAUUUGAUGUUGAAG